AUGGCAGCCGAGCAGCGCCCGCUGUUCUCGUUUGGGUGCAUAGCGGACGCGCAGUAUGCCGACCUGGAGGAUGGCGACACGGAAGGGCGCAGCCAGCUGUACCGCCAGGUCCCUGGCAAGCUGCGUGCGGCGCUGGCGGAGCUGCGAGCGGCCCGGCCGCGCGUCCAGCUUGUGCUGCAUCUGGGAGACAUUGUCAACGGCAACGCCGCGGGGCAGGCGCAGUGCGACCGGGAGUUUGACCUGGUGGCAUCCAUCUUUGACCAGGAGCUGGGCGGCGAUGUGCCGGCUCUGCAUGUGGUUGGGAACCACUGCUUGUCUGUGCCCAGGGAAGUGCUGGUCAAGCGGCUGGGCAUCCCAGAGACCUGCUACUACAGCCGCAGCCUGGGCAGCGGCUGGCGUCUGGUUGUGCUGGACACCACAGAGAUGUCGGGGCACUCGGGCCACGCGCCCGGCUCACGGCAGCACCGGGAGGCGCAGGAGUUCCUGGCCUCGCACCCCAUGUCGGAUGAGGACCCGCAGAUGAGCAGCUGGAAUGGCGGCAUCACGCGGCAGCAGCUGGCCUGGCUGCGGUCGGAGCUGGCUGCGGCAGAGGCGGCGGCGGAGCGGGUCAUCAUUGCCAGCCACCACCAGCUGGGCCAGGGCGGCGCGAGGGCCACGCACAUGGCCUGGAACUGGCGGGACGUGCAGCAGGUGGUGCUGCUGGCGUCGCCCGCCUUCCGGCUCGCGCUGGCCGGGCACGACCACAUGGGCGGCUGUGCCUGCAUCAACGGCCGCCACUUUGUGACGUUGGAGGCGCUGCUGGAGGCGCCGCCAGGCAGCAACGCCUUUGCCGUGCUGCAUGUGUUUGGCGACAGGAUACGGAUUGCGGGCAGCGGCAGCGUGACGAGCCGGGAGCUGGCGGUGUGA